UCGGACAGUCCAGGUCGUAAUGAAACGACGUUCGUGAAUGAAUAAAAUUUAAUAAAUAAACAUUAAAAGUCAGGAAAUGUUAGUGUUUACGUUUUUCUCGUGAAUAUAAAUUUGUGGUCUGACUCAAAGUCCAUCAUAUCAUGGUACUGAUGAACUUUGUAACUAAAACAGUGGUGGUGUGUGUGGUCGCUGUGGCAGGAUGGAUCGUCAUGAAACCACCAUACCCUGAACCCCCAACACCCUUAGAUCCCGAAGAAUGGUGGGGUCAUGAAGAUCUACGUUCAAGUCAGAACCAUGAUAUAAGACCCUUCAAAAUCAAUUUUACUUCUGAGAUGAUAAAGGAUCUCAAAUCCCGUCUGUCGAACCACCGUAAGCCGGCCCCCGGCCUGGAGGGCGCGGCGUUCACGUACGGGUUCAACAGUGGCCGGUUGUCGUGGUGGACCCGGUACUGGUCGGAGCAGUACCCGUUCCUUGAACGCGAACAGUUCCUCAACAGUCUGCCGCAGUACGUAACCAACAUACAGGGACUCGAUAUACACUUCAUCCGAGUCAAGCCUAAGGCACCCAAAGGUUUCACAGUAGUACCUCUCUUGAUCCUACACGGAUGGCCCGGGUCGGUCCGGGAGUUUUAUGAGGCGAUUCCACUCCUGACGAAGCCUUCUGAUGAACACGAAUUCGUUUUUGAGGUCAUCGCCCCCAGUCUGCCUGGCUUUGGAUUUUCACAGGCCUCAAAUCGCCCUGGACUAGGACCGUACCAGAUGUCAAUGAUCUUCAAAAAUCUCAUGAAGCGUUUGGGCCACGAGAAAUUCUACAUCCAGGGAGGGGACUGGGGAGCUGUGAUAGCCAGUGCCAUGGCUAUAUACUACCAGGAGAAUAUCCUUGGAUACCACUCCAACUUUUUGUUUGUUCUUAACGGUUAUUCAAUGGUCAGAACUCUGAUCGGAGCUGUUCUGCCAUCACUGGUUGUGGAGCCCCAUCUCGCCUCUAGGAUGUAUCCUCUAUCAUCACACUUGUCUUUCUUGAUGGAAGAAUCAGGAUAUUUCCACUUGCAAGCCACUAAACCUGACACCAUCGGUGUCGCACUGUCAGAUUCUCCUGCAGGCCUCUUGGCGUAUAUACUAGAAAAAGCGUCUUCUGGUACCAUGACAUCAAACAAGCUCUUGGACGAUGGAGGCCUCUCGCUUACUUACACCAGCGAGCAGCUUGUGGACAACCUCAUGAUGUACUGGAUCUCCAACUCGACUACAACAGCAUCGAGAAUAUAUGCGGAGUUCUUUCAGAUCGACAACAUUUUAAUGGUUCUGGACAAAACAACAACAGAAGUACCGACUUGGGGUCUUCAAGCAAAAAAUGAAAUUAUUUACCAGCCGGAGACUGUACUGAGAGUGAAAUAUAAGAAUCUUUUAGGUGUUACAACACUCGAAGACGGAGGACACUUCGUAGCUCUGGAGAAGCCUGAAGAGUUCGCGCGGGACGUUUCUAGAGCUGUCACUGCUUUUAGACGAUUUCACAGAAGUAGACAUGUUGUUUGAUCGGUUUUAUUGACUUUAGGAAGCGAUAAUAUAUAAAGGUAAAUAUAUAUUUUUUUUUUACGAAAAUAUUAAUUUAAAAAUAUAAUUUUAAGUCGAAACUCAUAAAAUAGAAAGAAAACAGAUUUAAAUAUUGUGUUCGUUUGAAUAAUAUUUUCAAUUUUCUUACUUCAUCUUCAUUCAAUCUAAAGAAAGUAUUCCUUUAUAAUAAGAAUUUAAUAUAAGACAAAGAGUUUCGCCAUCUAGUCCUCGUGAUGUUUAAAAAAAGUUUACCCAAAGUAAUUUAAUAUUUUAAGAACCAAAACAAAAUUAUCCGAUCUAACAAACUGACUAAGGGAUUAAACGGUAAUUUAAUUUACUUGUUUUUAUAAUCUUUAACUGAUUUAACUGAAGUUCUGUGCAAAAUAACUUCUAUACUCAUCGACAUAAAGUACACAUUUGGUUGGUGACAGUAUUGUAAGGAUGUACCUCCUGACACAGCCAUACCCUUGGUACCUCCUGGUAAUAAAAAACUUAUUGGUAAUGAGA